AUGGGCAACUUUGCAUCAAUCCACCAUCAACAACCUAGGCCCGCCUCAAUAGUCCUCCUAUACGAUGGCUCAACCCGAGAGUUCGAGCACCCGCCGACGGUGGCUGAGCUAAUGCUGGACCACCCGCGGCACGUGGUGGCGGAGUUCCGCUCCGCCGUCGAGGGGUCCCGCCGGCCGACCGCACUGCCGGCCGACCAGACUCUCGAGGCCAAGAAACUCUACGUCAUGCUCCCCAUGACGAACAAGCUACAGGGACACGGCCACCGUGGCAACAAGCUGCCGCCGCUGUCGGCCGAGGAAUCACGCCACUUCCUCUCAAUGGCGAACUCAGCCCUCCGGUCGCGUCCUUUUAACUCGAAGCCGAAGGGGGCGUUCAUGCCGGUGCUAUCGAGGGUGUGCGCCGACACUGACGAUCACACGGGCGGAGGGAGGAGAUCAUCGUCCUUGAGCGGAGCUGUCUCGUUGAAGGAGGAGGAGGAGGAGGCGGCGGCAGCGGCAGCACAUGCUGGGGGGACGCACGUGCGGGAGCUUAGGGAGAUGAUGUCGGAGAACAGCAAUGACAUGAGGAUGGUGAUGAUGAGCAGGCAGGUCUCAGGGAAGGCUUGGAGACCAAGCUUGGAGGCUAUCAUGGAGAAGAAAGUGGAGGUGAAGCCCCCCACUACCUGUUUCAACAUGGGAAAUGAUUCAAAAAGCAAUUAG